UUUGUUUUUUGAGCAGGUAGGAAUGUGGUCAUUCAGUUCCAGGAGGGAAACCUCUCCUCCGAACUUCCUCUACAACGCAAUUUCACAGGUUGCGUGUUUUGUUUCCUUGUGUCUCAUCACCUGUAGAGGAGGGAGGAGUCCGGACAGGAGGGUAUAAAGAUAAAAAGUGCAGGCAGACUGAAGAUGCUGGGAAGCUGCUGCGAGUCGAGAUAAAGUGCUCAACAUGGGUAACUGGAUUAUCAACAAUGGACUUACAUCCUUCAUACUGGCGGUCUGGAUGGGCAUCAACAUUUUCCUUUUCGUCUGGUUUUACUUCUUCUACGACUUGGGGGAUCAGUUUUUUUACACGCGCCAUAUUUUAGGGUCUGCUUUAGCCUGGGCCAGAGCUCCUGCAGCUGUCCUCAACUUCAACUGCAUGCUGGUCCUCCUCCCGGUGUGCAGGAACCUGCUGUCUCUGCUCCGCGGCUCCUUCGUGUGUUGUGGCAGAACAAUGAGGAAACAACUGGACAAAAAUUUGAGUUUCCACAAGCUGGUGGCGUACAUGAUAGCUCUGAUGACAGCUGUUCAUACGAUCGCCCAUCUGCUGAACGUGGAGCGGUACAACAACAGCAGACAAGGAGUUUAUGAUAAACUCAGCACUGCUCUGUCCAACCUGGAGGACACACACAACACCACCUUCCUGAACCCAGUCCGCGUAACACAUAUUGAUGCGCAGCAGAUUCCAACCUACUUUGCCUUCACCACCAUCGCUGGCCUCACAGGGGUCAUCAUCACUGUGGCCCUCAUCCUCAUCGUCACCUCCUCCAUGGAGGUCAUCAGACGCAGCUACUUCGAAGUCUUCUGGUACACCCACCAUCUCUUCAUCAUCUUCUUCGCUGGUCUCGUCUUUCACGGAGCCGGGCGCAUUGUGAGAAGUCAACAGAGAACAGAUCCACCACACAACUUCACCUUCUGUAAAGACCGCAGUGAUGAAUGGGGAAGGAUCCCUGAGUGUCCCAUCCCUAAGUUUGCAGGAGGGUUCCCACAGACCUGGAUGUGGGUGAUUGGUCCAAUGGUUCUGUAUCUUUGUGAACGUCUCCUACGUUUCAUUCGUUACAUCCAGACAGUCCAGUACAGGAAGAUCGUGAUGCGGCCGUCCAACGUGCUGGAGCUGCAGCUGGUGAAGAACGGCUUCAAAAUGGAGGUGGGUCAGUACGUCUUCCUCAACUGCCCGGCCAUCUCCCAGCUGGAGUGGCACCCGUUCACCAUGACCUCUGCCCCCGAGGAGGACUUCUUCAGCGUUCACAUCCGCUCGGCCGGGGACUGGACUGACAAACUCAUCAGCAUCGUGCAGCAGCUACCAGAGGGAGCGCAGGGACCCAAAAUGGGUGUGGACGGCCCCUUUGGCACAGCCAGUGAGGACGUGUUCGACUAUGAGGUCAGCAUGCUGGUCGGUGCCGGCAUCGGAGUCACUCCCUUCGCCUCCAUCCUCAAGUCCAUCUGGUACAAGUUCAAAGUCUCCAGCCCUAAACUGCGCACCAGAAAGAUCUACUUCUAUUGGCUCUGCCGGGAAACGCACGCCUUUGAGUGGUUUGCCGACCUCCUGCAAGUGCUGGAGAAAGAGAUGGAGGAGAGAGGCAUGGGGGAUUUCCUCACCUACAAACUCUACCUGACCGGAUGGGAUCAAAGCCAUGCCACUCAUGCGAAGGUUCACUUUGACGAGGACACAGACGUGGUCACGGGGCUCAAACAGAAGACUCACUAUGGCAGACCGGCCUGGGACAAGGAGUUUGAACAAGUCCGCAAAGAGAACCCCACGUCUGUGGUGGGAACCUUCCUGUGUGGCCCUGCAGCUCUGGCAAAAGUCUUGGACAAGAAAUGUGCCAAAUACUCAGACGUGGAUCCUCGGAAGACCAAAUUUUACUUCAACAAGGAGAACUUCUGAGCGAAAACACAACAGGAAAACAGCGUUUGGGCUUUUUGAAGAACAAUUGAGGGGGAAUGUCUUUCACCAUGAACUGUUGUAAAACAAUUGAUGAUGACAAAGCUGCCUUACAACCUUUGACACUACACAGGUGUUUUGACACACUAGACUACACGGCACACUGAUAAAGAGGCACGGCAUGUUGUUUUGUCAGAACUCCUCAGUGACUGACUUUCUUUCUUUACAUCUUUUCAUCCAUGAAACAUUGUGGCCUCAUAAUCCACUAUGAAUCAUGGUUUAUACUGUCAAUUACAAUCAGAUAUUUAUGUUUUCAUUGUCUCAUUCAUUUUAAGCCUCAUUUCUGGUGAAGCCCUCGUAGUUCUGAACAAGAUUAUAGGACAGAAUUUUACUGUUGUACACGAGUUGUUAGCACAUCAUGUGGAAAACUACCUUUUCUCCCCCGCAAAGAUUACCAUUUGAAUAAAGACAGUACACAAUUUAACGUACUUCUUUUGGGAACAUAUGGUAAUCUACUACAGUAGCUCAGCUAGGGCUGCGACUACAAUUAUUUCCAUUCCAUCCAAUAAUCUGCCAGUUAUUUCUUGUGUGAAUGUCAGAAAACAGUGACAAUUGCCCGUCAUAGUUUCCCAGAGCAAAAGUUAAUAUCUUCAGAUUUCUUGAUUUGUCCAAAACCCCCAAAAGAUUCAGUUUACUAUCACAUAAGACAAAGAAGAGCAGCAAAUCAUCACAUAAGAAGCUGCAUUUUUGGUAUUUUUUUUCUUUAAUUCUAAGUCAAUAUUCAUCUAUCUUCUUAAGCAUAUUUUCCACUUCUGCUUCUGAUCAAAUACAUGUGAUUGAGCUAGGGUUAAAAGAAACUAUUGUGAGCUCUAAAAAUAUGUUUGAAAUUUGCAAGUGUAAGUAUAAACUGUAAUUGUCACUUUUUUUUCUAAAAGCUUUACUGGUUAAGGAAACAGAUUUCUUGGAAACAAACAAUGGGUUUAUCGUAACCCAUCAAAUUUCACAGGUAUUUCCUUAUUAGAAUAAAACGAUUGUUUAACCAGGAGGAAGACUGCCACUCAUGAAGCCUGUGGUUAAUCAUCCUCUAAAGACAUGGAAGGACUUAUGGUUAUUGAAAUUAUUUUUAUUUCACAAUUAGCUGUUUUUAAUCCCCUCUCGUAUACAAUUCCAAACUCCUUUUAAAUAAAUUAAUAAAUAGAAGAAAUCAA